GCACUGCUUAAUAAUACAAGUUGUUGUUGUGCGGCAUGAUAUCAAUUUGAAAAUAGCGAAUGGCUCAUUCGAGGGCAAUUAUGUUGAGAUUGUAUAAAGAAAUGCUCGCAGAGGCUAAAAAGUUUGACUCGUACAAUUUCAGGAUGUACGCACUGAGGAAAAUACGAGACAGUUUCAGAGAAAGCAAGCAUCUUCAAGAUUCCAGUCAGAUACAAAAGGCAUUUGAAGAAGCCAAGAACAACUUGGAAAUUAUUAAGAGACAGGUUGUGAUUGGCCACCUGUACUCGACUGAGAAGCUGGUGAUUGAGAACGAGGAAGUCAGAACGCGUCUCCGGCAGAAGGCGGGCACGGAAGCGUCCAGUUCCCCCGGGCAGAUCAAGUGACUGCCGCGGCGAGCCCGAGUCUUCGCAGGCCUGCAGUGUUUGCGCUGAGCGCAUGGACACCUCACAGUAACUCAUUGUCCGCGUGCAUAUCACAGAUAUCACUUCUCCACUACUCUCAGCUUAGUGUCUCGCUUCCUUCGGCCGGCGUGAGCUGCAAGCUGGUUCAUGUCCGCAGAUUGGUCCUUUGUGAGCAAGUAUUCUUGUUUACUUUAGUGGGCUGGCAGUCAUAUUCACCAAAUGUGAUAUAGUUAUAAGAGAUUUAGAAAUGAAGUACCCUUGUGUAUUCUCUCUUACGUGUAAAUAAAAUUGUGUUUUGACAUGAACAA